UCUGCUGAUAAAACAGCACCUGCACCUUGGGGGCAAGCUGCACAUGCUCAGUUUAUAUUUACUAAAAUAACUGCAUUUCCAUGUUGUGUGUACUUGAAUGCGGGGUCCGGGGAGAGCGGAUAUAGUGAAUGCAGGGUCCGGGGAGAGCGGAUAUAGUGAAUGCGGGGUCCGGGGAGAGCGGAUAUAGUGAAUGCAGGGUCCGGGGAGAGCGGAUAUAGUGAAUGCAGGGUCCGGGGGAGAGCGGAUAUAGGGAAUGCGGGGUCCGGGGAGAGCGGCUAUAGUGAAUGCGGGGUCCGGGGAGACCGGAUAUAGUGAAUGCGGGGUCCGGGGAGAGC